UUAGUCUGUUUCACAUAAAGUAAAGAAGGAUGCCCCUUCCUGAGCUGCCGCAUGUUCACAUGGCUUCCCAUGUGUAUCAGUAUUCUGUGGAGAGGGUCAACAGCUGACCCAACCCAUCCAUCCCCCCUGUUGACUAACAGAGCAAUAUGAAUAUGGCAGCUAAUUGUAGGACUGGCCCUCUGCAAUGGCAAAGAGGAAUCUCAGAUACUAUAGAGCUUGGAAUGUAGGGCAUCUUCGGGUUCAUAGAGAUUAAGAGUUUUCACUGUCUUCCCCAUGCUUUAAAUGCUGUAUGAACUAAGAGAUGCAAUAGAAGUCAUUAUCUGGAUAUCUUUCCAUGCCUGUGAAAUAUUUUUUACUGAAACAGCAUGCUACAGAGAUCCCUUUGUAAUCAACUCACAAAUUUAUCCUACUACUGCAUUUCCAUUAUCUUCCUCAAUAUUAGUAUAUGCAGUAUGUGUAGAAAUACAGACUUAUGGCGAUUAAAACUCUUAUUGAUCAUUGCUUUUAUCUUUCAUUCAGCAAUAGUGGGCUGUCUGGGGCUUACUGUGACUACUACACAGCUUUGGGAAGAGGAGUGUAAAAGCAGAGCUUGUGCAGGAAAGGGAAGAAGGCAUGAUUCUGAGGACAGAUCUGAGCACCAUGGGGUUUUAGACUGCUGAAAAGGGUUGCAAAGGUGUAGGCCUUUGCAAGGAUCCUGCAGUGCCACAUGCACUUGUGUUAAAGAGUUCAACUUUUGUUUGCUCCAGUCUGAAACCCCUACCUUUCACAAUUGCAGUUAAAAUACAAUUAUUUCAUCAUAUGACAACUUUUAAAUAUAAUUGUAUCAUACUAUUUUCUUGAAUGUUGUCAAAUCUUCAGUUUUGAAUGACCUCACCUCUUCAAAAUGUGGGAGACUGAACAGAAACCAGAAAAGACGUAGGGCCUGCUACUUACAUCAAACCAGUUUGGUUUUGUUUUACUGUAAUUCUGUCAGCUUCAGUACAGUUACUUUGCACUUAGUUUUAUUUAGGGUGGGAUCUGUACUGUGUUUUCCAGUCAUGAAGAGUUUACAGUCUAAAUUCACAGCUACAUAGGUUAAAAUCUUAAACAUCUUGAUUUUAUACUGCUUUUUUUCCCAUAUGCAUGCAAGAAAGAACUAUGUUAUUUGAAUUGCUCUAGAGCUGUGUGAGGUUCCCAUGUAAAACACUGAUUCUGGAACUAGGCUUUAAUAGUGUCACUUCAGGUGGUGAUCAUGUAUGUGGUAGCUCUUUUAUAAUAUGUCUGUUUUCUCCUUAAUUUUCACCUCUGCAUCUAGCAUGCUGCCCCCAUGUCUGGAAAAACCCAGACCAUUAUCCUGAUAAGCUUCAGCAGGGAAAAGGGUCAAGGUGUUUAACACACAGCACACCGUGCUCUCCAGGCUCUUCUACUGUAUUUGGAGGUUGGUUGCAGGACACUAUUCCAGUUAACAUGAGUGUGCAUCAUCAUGCCAUGGGUGGGCUACAGACUUGGCAAAAAAGUUACAGAAGCUUCUGUGGAAUUCAGCAUAGGCAGCGCGGUGUAGCAGAAGGAUGGCUCAUUUUGUGUGAUCUUCAAGGGCCAUCUUUAGCCUGUCUGGCCUCCUUUCAAAGUAUAGUGCACAAGCUUCUUUCCUGAAACGUCCAUUGUAUAUCUGCUGUGUCAGGCAUUCAUUACAUGCUUUUCCUUUUUUGUUUUUUGUUUUUUUUUUUUUAAGAUGUUCCAUAAUUCUAAUUCAAGUAAUUUAUUUUUAGUGGUGCAAUAAAAGAUUGCUCGAGGAAGUAGUGGUCUGGCAAGGAAAAAAACCUCAUUCCUGAGGAAUGACCCAACUGGUUUCAUGCAGAUGACAUUCCCUUUAGUGCUGGUGCCAGACCAGGGCAGAACUUGCUCACCUUCCACUGAGGAUGUCCUUUUACUUCUUUUGAAACAUUCAUAUUUUGCAAAAGUCACAGCCUCUCUUCAGAUGAAGGGCAGGUUGGGAAAUCUGACAGAAGUGGAUCUAAUUUAUGAAUCAGUGAGAGCUGAAAGGGUGAUAUGUUUUAAAGGCUUUCUGAGUCAAUAUAGUGCUGCUGCUAUAUAUUAAUAUUAGUAUUUUAUAUUUUUAUAAUAUUUGGUCCCUACUGAUGCUCUCCCAUGGGUAUAGCAGUAAGAUUAGCUCCUUUGAUCUUGUCCAGGGGGAUCCCUUGUGGGAACCCUCAGGUCUGCAAAGGAGGAGACUUCUGCAGGUGCUGGGCACUGGAGGGAGUUAACACUAUUACUGCCAUCAGUUUGACCACACAGAUGUAUUUACAGAGAGCAUCCUGGUGCAGGAUGAACAGCCCUUAAUGCAAAUCCCCAAAGGCUGGGUACUGGUCAGGAGAAAGGACUUUUUACUAUAAACUGCCUGAUGUCUCCCCUAGUUUCCUGUGUGGACUAUUACAGAUUGGCCAGAUCUGGGGACAUGUCUCCUGCCCUGUGUAGACCCCUCGGUGGAGUGGCUUUUCUGUAUACUGGCUCGCAAAGGAUACUUCUUCCUGCACCUAUCAUGUUAACUGGCUUUUGAAGUACGUCAUCAUCUCCCGGGAGGAGAGGGAGCAGAACCUCAUGGCCUUCCAGCACAGCGAGAGGAUUUACUUCCGUGCCUGCCGUGACAUCCACCCUGGGGAGAAGCUGCGGGUCUGGUACAGUGAGGAUUACAUGAAGCGGUUGCACAGUAUGUCCCAGGAAACCAUGAACAGAAAUUGCACAAGUGGAGACAAAAUGUUACAGAAUGAAAACUCAGAAAAGAAUGUAGAAAACCAAGAGGAUGCAAGAGGAGCACUCCAGUUCACUACCUUAAAGCAGGGGAAGAGCCCCUACAAGCGCAGCUGUGACGAAGGGGAAUCCCACCCCCAAACAAAGAAAAAGAAAAUUGACCUCAUCUUCAAAGAUGUCUUGGAGGCUUCUUUGGAGUCUGCCAAGUUUGAAGACAACCAGUUAACAACAAGUACACCACUUCCCCUCAGAAGAGCAUCUAAAUACCAGGCUGAAGACAUCUUUGAGCAGUGUGGCAGCGCCAUGCAGCACGGCUCCCUGAGCCUCAGCAGAAACCAGAGGGAGAGUGAAUGGAGGGUCCCUCACAGUUCCUCUUUUAUCUCAGCCAAGGAGAUGAGCAUCCUUGAAGACGAGGAAGAAGAGCCCCUGUCACUUAAAGCAGACAGCCCCACUGAGCUGUCACUGGCCUCUGCACAAGGCAAUUCCCAUGAAAUCCCCACCACGUCCUUCUGCCCCAACUGCAUCCGGCUGAAGAAGAAAAUCCGGGAGCUGCAGGCUGAGUUAGACAUGCUGAGAUCUGGGAAGUUACCCGAGGCACCCGUGUUACCGCCCCAGGUACCCGAGCUCCAAGAGUUCUCAGACCCCACAGCUUCAGAAAGUAUCAUCUCAGUUCCCACUAUCAUGGAGGAUGAUGACCAAGAGGUGGAUUCUGCUGAUGAAUCAGUUUCCAAUGAUAUGAUUGCUGCUACAGAUGAGCCUUCUAAGAUGUCUUCUGCAACAGGACGGAGGAUACGGCGGUUCAAGCAAGAGUGGCUUAAAAAGUUUUGGUUUCUGCGGUACUCCCCGACUCUGAAUGAGAUGUGGUGCCAUGUCUGUAGGCAGUACACAGUGCAAUCUUCUCGGACUUCAGCCUUCAUCAUUGGCUCUAAGCAGUUCAAGAUACACACGAUAAAGCUUCACAGCCAGAGCAACCUCCACAAGAAGUGCCUGCAGCUUUACAAGCUCAGGAUGCACCCAGAGAAGACAGAAGAGAUGUGCCGAAAUAUGACCCUGCUCUUCAACACAGCCUACCACCUGGCCCUGGAGGGCAGGCCCUACUACGACUUUCGGCCUCUGGCAGAACUACUGAGAAAGUGUGAACUCAAGGUGGUGGAUCAGUACAUGAAUGAGGGAGACUGCCAGAUCUUAAUUCACCAUAUCGCCCGUGCUCUCCGAGAGGACCUGGUUGAGCGCAUCCGGCAGUCUCCCUUCCUCAGCAUCAUUCUGGAUGGGCAGAGCGACGACUUGCUUGCAGAUACAGUUGCAGUCUAUGUGCAGUACACCAGCAGCGAUGGGCCUCCAGCAACUGAAUUCCUGUCUCUUCAGGAGCUCGGCUUUUCUACAACAGACAGUUACCUUCAAGCAUUAGAUCGGGCUUUUUCCAGCCUGGGAAUACGAUUGCAGGAUGAGAAGCCAACUAUCGGCUUGGGAGUUGAUGGUGCUAACAUUACCGCCAGCCUGAGAGCCAACUUGUUCAUGACAAUCAGAAAGACCUUGCCCUGGCUUCUCUGUCUUCCCUUUAUGGUGCAUAGGCCCCACUUGGAAAUUUUGGAUGCCAUUAGUGGGAAGGAACUACCAUGUCUGGAGGAGCUAGAAAACAAUUUGAAGCAACUGCUCAGUUUCUAUCGUUAUUCUCCCCGACUCAUGUGCGAGUUAAGGGUCACUGCUGCCACUCUGUGUGAGGAGACCGAGUUCCUGGGGGACAUUCGAGCAGUGAAGUGGAUCAUUGGGGAGCAGAACGUGCUCAACGCUCUCAUCAAGGAUUACCUUGAGGUUGUGGCCCAUCUCAAAGAUGUCAGUGGCCAAACCCAAAGGGCAGAUGCUUCUGCCAUUGCCUUGGCCCUCCUGCAGUUCCUGAUGGACUACCAGUCGAUUAAACUCAUCUACUUCCUGCUGGAUGUGAUCGCUGUGCUUUCACGCCUUGCCUACGUCUUCCAAGGGGAGUACCUUCUUGUGUCACAGGUGGAUGAUAAAAUAGAGGAGGCCAUCCAGGAGAUCAGCCGGCUAGCAGACUCCCCUGGGGAGUACUUGCAGGAGUUUGAGGAAAACUUUCGUGAAAGCUUUAAUGGCAUUGCUGUGAAAAAUCUACGGGUGGCUGAAGCCAAAUUCCAGUCGAUCAGAGAAAAGAUCUGCCAGAAGACCCAGGUGAUCCUAGCCCAAAGGUUUGAUUCCCGCAGCCGGACAUUUGUGAAGGCCUGUCAGGUAUUUGACCUUGCAGCUUGGCCCAGAAGCACUGAUGAGCUCAUGAGCUAUGGGAAGGAAGAUAUGGUACAAAUAUUUGAACACCUGGAGACAGUCCCAUCAUUUUCCAGAGAAGUUUGCCGAGAAGGGAUGGACACUCGAGGGAGUCUGCUGAUGGAGUGGCGGGAACUCAAGGUGGAUUAUUAUACCAAAAAUGGUUUUAAAGAUUUGCUCAGUCACAUUUGUAAAUACAAACAGAGAUUUCCCCUCCUAAAUAAAAUAGUUCAGAUCCUCAAAGUCCUUCCCACCUCUUCGGCCUGCUGUGAGAAGGGGCGCACCGCCCUGCAGAGAGUGCGCAAGAAUAACCGCUCCCGGCUGACGCUGGAGCAGCUCAGUGACCUGUUGACGAUUGCUGUUAACGGGCCGCCCAUUGCCAACUUCGAUUGCAAAAGGGCUCUCGAUAGCUGGUUCGAGGAGAAGUCAGGCAACAGUUACGCGCUCUCGGCCGAAAUGCUGAGCAGGAUGUCAUCUCUUGACCAGAAGCCGAUGUUGCAGAGCAUGGACCACGGCUCUGAGUUUUACCCUGAUAUUUAGGAAGGAAUGCCUCAGAUCAGAUAAUUUUUUUAAUCUAUACUCUAAACUUUGAUAUAUUAUAUAAAAUAUAUAUAUUAUCUAUAUUAAGGAAAAACCCACACUGAAAAUUUAAGACGAUGUGCGUCUGAUAGAAGCUAAGCAGAAUUUUAAAGAUUGAGACAAUGUUUAGACAUUUACUGGUGUCUCCAACCAUGGCAGCUGCAAUGUAGGUGGCAACAUUUCAUUCUUUAGAAGCAUGUGCUGGGGCCAUACUCUACAUGUUCAAACCUAACAACCUAUAAGCUAGACAACGGGUCUUUGUCAGCCUCAUCCUCCCAGCAGUUUCCUUUGUAUGUGUGUUGCCAGUUUGCUGGGUUGUUUUUUGUUUUGUUUUGUUUCAUUUUGGGGUUGUUUGUUUGUUUGUUUGUUUGUUUGUUUUCCCCUCAGUUUCAAUCUCUGCCUCUCUUUCCAUUGUUCAGCCCAGUUAUUGAGCCAUUUGAGCCUUUUGUUGGCAACCAUCAGAUUCCUAAUUUCUGACAGAGCAACCCGUGUGUUUUGUUGCCCCCAGUUCUCUUCAGCUGAGUGGAAGCUUUUUUCACUCAAAAAAUUACCGACAGGAGAGGAGGGCUGGGGGCAUUAUUUUGGGUUUUUAUUCUGAUUUAGAAACAAAUGCCUCCACUAAACUGUGAUGCCCCUUUCUCAGUUCUCCCUACCUUUGGGCUGUAGAGUAAUACUUGGCUUUCAGCUCCUUUUAUGAUAACCGUAGUACCAGUCUAUCAUACAUAUGUUAUAACAUAAUGUCAUGUGCAGACUAUAAAAUAGCAAAAUAGAGAAGGCAGGGGGAAAUUUUUGCAUUUAUAUUUUUAUAUUGUAUGAGAUAAAUAUAUAUAUAUAUAUACAACUAUUCAUUCAAAACCAGGGCUGCUGUGGAAGCUAGACAGCCAAUGAAUCGAGAGCCAUCUCUGGGCGGAGAUUCAAAGGCUGAAAAAUUAUAUUCUAAUUUACAUUAUUUAUACCAUGUCUUUAUAAUCCUAGAUUGUUGUGGGGUUUUUGUUUUGUUUUGUUUUGUUUUGUUUGGAAUGACUGAAAGAAAAACCUGCUGCAGUUUGGUGGCAGGAGCUAUCAAUGCAAGAUUAUCUUGGAUUAUAAUCAUGUGUGAUGUCCUACAAAGGUUCACUUACUCUCUUGUGACCAAGGUAACAUGUUCCACAGCACAGCAGACUGAUGACAGCAGGAGGAAGGAAUACUCUGCUUCUUCCUGCAAAAUAUUUCUUCCUUUUUUGAAGGAAUACAGAGUCCAGCUGAAAUGUGAAUUGGGGGACUUGCACCUUCCAUCACAAAGAGAUUGUUCUGUGGGCUUGGGGCUCUUCUUUGUUUUAUUUUUUUGAAGUAAACAAGCUCCAUCCACACAAUAUCACUUCAGGUUAGAAAAGAGAAAAAAAACCACAAAAAACACAAAAAAACCCAACCUACCAAAAAAAACCCACACAAACAAAAAAGGUGCAAAAACUCCACAGAUGCUAGUGCCUUGCCCUGCUGAUGUGGCAUGGACAGCACCAACCUGACCAGACCAUUGUGGGAGUGAGACGUGUUGUCCAAAAGGUGUCCAAGCCAACAUGUUCUCACUUCCCAGAGGGAUGAGCUUUGUGCCAAGCUGUGUUGUUUGGAAACAUGAUGGUGGUAUCAGCAACACUGAACCUUUCCUUUCUCCUAUUACCCCCCUGCCCUUGGUCUUGGUGCUAAGAUAUCUCUAGAACCGUUGCUGCUAGUUAAUAGCUUUUCAUUUAUAUAAAUAUAUAUAUAUAUAUAUAUAUAUAAUAUUAUUUUAUUUUUUAAACUUUUUUGUUUGUUUUCAAUGGAGAUGUAGCAUGUUUGGAACUGAUCUCUCUCUGAGUCACUUUCACUGCCAGGGUUCACGCACUGUCUUCCCCAGGAAAACACACACUUCUACCUAGGUCUCACUCACCUCCUGCUAACCCCUUUGCCUUCAGCAGAACUUCACAGCCAGCACUGGCAGAGGUGUGCAGCCAAGCCACUAUGGACUAGUUCAACUUUCAGACCACACAGGAACAGCCAGGCUGGUGUUGGUCAGGGUUUUGGAAGUGUUUGCCUCUGUCCCUGUCGGACUGAGGAGGGACUGAGCCCACCCAAAACAUGAGUGGUGGCCUGUCCUUGUGUCCUGACACCGCCCCUUCGCUGUAAAACAGGGCAUUCCAGUCAGAUGGUCUGAGUGGAGCAGAGUGGACCCUGUGAAUGUAGCAGUGAGGGCUGAUCAGCACCCUCUGUAGCACUUACCCCUUGCCUUACCUCUGACAGCACAUGCAGCCUGAGGCUGGCUCGGGCAGGAGAGGGCAGCUGCCCCAGGGCCACCCAGCUGCUGCCAAACUGCCGCCAGGGGUGCAGGCGCUGGGUGCUCUUCCUUGUGGUCCUCAUGGAAAUGGCACAAGCUAGGUCAGGGCAUCCCACAGUUGCAACACAGGGGCAUUGAUAUGACACACCUAGGAAGCAUGAAAAAUGGCUUUGUUUUCAUGUUUUCCUGUAUUUUCUUACAAAUUUUAUGAUCAAAUUGAUCCAUUCAUCCAGAGCAGUGAAAAUUAAACUGGAAACCCCCUGCUAGCUGUACAGCCUUGGGUGGUUGUUUGCCUGACCAUGAAGUAGGGAUCUCUCCACACAAGGGGCUCGUAGCUCUCCAGGCAUGGUUUGAAUUGGCUCUGCUCAGGGUGCUGCCACAAUGCUCUGGAGCUGCUACCUACUAGGGAGGUGGCAGGCUCCCUUCCUUUUUAAACUUGAGCAGAUGUAAAAAGAUAGAAAAACUGCUGCUCCUUUAGUUUCUGACUGGAGAUGGGCAAGGUGAGCAUAGGUCACAGAAUCCAUAGAACUCCAUAGCUCUUCGUGGGUAGAGAGGAAAAAUCACCUGCCUUUCUGUUUGCAGCAGCAAAAGCUCCUUGGCAUAGAGGCCCAUCAAAGUGCCUGGCCCACAUGGAGGGAAGGAACAUUUGGGGACAGUCUCCAGUCUCCAGACACCUUUGGAGAGAGGAAUGCUCCCCCAGAGCUUGUUUUGAGCAGCCCAAGAGGCCUGUUUACAACUCUCGAUCCAAGCCUCCUAACUUUUGCUACUGGGGAGGAAAUGGCAAGGUGAAAGUUGCCAGUGGCCUGUUCAGAAAUUAUGCUUCCAAUUUGUCACUCCUUCCCUUUGGUUCACUUGCAAAUCCUGCUUUCAUCAGUGACACCUUUCACUGGCAGCUUUUAUUUCUAAUGGUGCAGUGAAAUGUGCAGCAUGUGGUGAUAUUCUCUGGCAUCCAGCUGACACAGGCAGAGCACUUGUUCCUUUAGCAAAUAACUGCUUGCAAACAGUGGUUUCCUGCCACUGGAUGUUGUGGUUACCCGUGAUAGGAAAGGUCAGAGACCCUUUACCUUGGUAAUGAGGAUAGACAAGAGCUUGGUAGAGCAGCUGGCCCAACUCAGCCCAGCCAGGCCAGGCCAGGCCAGCCCAGCCCAGC